AUGUCACCGUCAAAUGGGUUGCAGAACGGUAGCAGCAAGGGUGAUGUUGGUGGUGGUAAUGGGCUGAGUUAUAUUGAACAUUAUGUUUCGAAAUUUGAUACUCUUGCUAGUGUCGCAAUUAAGUAUGGAGUUGAGGUAGCUGAUAUCAAAAGGAUGAAUGGUUUGGCGACAGAUCUCCAAAUGUUCGCACUGCAGAUGUUGCGAAUUCCAUUACCAGGAAGACAUCCACCAUCUCCGGUUCCCAGUGAACCUGCCAAGUUGAGAGAAAAAAGUGGCGAAAGAAGACCUCCCCGCAUAGGUCAAUCUGCAAAUGAAGGAACCUCUUCAGUCAUUAAGACUGAAACCAACUAA